GUAUAUAUAAAGUAUGCAUGCAUGUGCUGUCUAUGACAUGUCUGUUGUGUCUGCAGGACUUCAGGGAGAAGAACACGGAUCACAUGCGUCCGGAUAUCGUGGCUCUGCUGAAGAGCAGCCAAAACGCUUUCAUCUGCGGCCUGAUGGGAAUCGAUCCGGUGGCCACCUUCCGCUGGGCCGUGAUCCGCGCCUAUUUCCGAGCGCUCGUCGCCUUCAGAGAAGCUGGGAAACGGCACAAGGAGAAGACGACGACGACGAGCGGCUCUGAUGGUCCGGUUCAGAAUCAGAAAAGUGUGGACAGCUUCAGUUUCCUGCAUCAUCCUGUUCACCAGCGGAGCCUUGAGAUCCUGCAGCGAUGCAAAGAUGACAAAUACAAUUCCAGCAUCAGCCGGAGGAGUCCACGCACUCCACUAUCAGACCUGCAGGGAACAAACACGCUCCGCGAGAACAUGAGCAGGAGGUGCGAGCGCGUCCCGUCUCACCAGGAGGAGGGCAUCUUCGUGAACUCGGUGAAUAAUAAGCUGCUGGAGCGAGCGCAGGGCAUCCUGAUGAGAAACAAGAACUGCAAGACCAAGCCCAGCCUCCCGAAGCACCUGCUGGAUGUGAGAUCACUGAAGUAUCUGAGCGGCCUGACGCUCCACGACCGCAUCACCAAAUCACUGCUGCAUCUGCACAAGAAGAAGAAGCCUCCCAGCAUCAGCGCGCAGUUCAACGUGUCUCUGAAUAAGCUGAUGGAGACUCUGGGACAGUCGGAGCCGUACUUUGUGAAAUGCAUCCGCUCUAAUGCAGAAAAGCUUCCUCUGCGUUUCAGCGACGUGCUGGUGUUGAGACAGUUACGCUACAGCGGCAUGCUGGAGACGGUGAGGAUACGGCGCUCCGGAUAUAGCGUCAAAUACAGCUUCCAGGAUUUUGCCCAUCAUUUCCGUGUGCUGUUACCGGCGGGCUUUCACACCUCUCAGACGGGAAUCAGACAGUUCCUGCAGAGCGUCGACCUCGAGCCCAACGGACAUCAAGUGGGCCGAAGCACGGUGUUCCUGCGGGAGCGUCUGCGGCAGCGUCUGCAGGAGCAGCUUCAUCAGGAGGUGCUGAGGAGGAUCGUGUGUCUGCAGAGGAGCUUCAGGACACAGCAGGAGAGGAGACGCUUCUGCAGACAGAGACGAGCCGCUCAACUCAUACAGCGCUGGUGGAGGGCCUGUCUGACUCGCGCUGACGCGGAGCUCCAGCAGGGGGCGGCGCUGCAUCUGCAGGCGGCCUGGAGAGGUUUCAGAGAGCGCCGGCUGUUCCUGCGGCGGAGGAGAGCGGCGCUGAUCAUCCAGAUGCGCUGGAGGAGAGUCCUGCAGACGCGACACUCGGCCGCGCGCCUCAUACAGUCCGUCUGGAGGAGCCUCAGACAGAGACGCAGCUUCCUGCAGCAGCGCCGCGCCGCCGUCACGCUACAGGCCGCCUGCAGGGGGCAGCGCGAGCGCCACAGGUGCCGCAUUCUUCGAGAGCAGCGACGUGGAGAGAAAAGCCUCUGUGAAAACACUGUGAGCAAAAGUUUACACGCCCAACAAAACCCACCCGAAGUCCAAGAGGAGAGAGGAGAAACUCAGUCCGCCGAACCUCUCAGAAGCGUAGACGACAGUACGCUGAAGAGCCGCUCCAAACGCCAAAGCAGGAGGCAGCGGGAGCUCCAGCAAGCCACCUUCAGUUUAGAGCUGCUCAAAGUGCGCUCCGCUUCAGUGGACGACGCGCUUCCCGCUCCGAGCCCUCUCUCCAGACAUCUUCCCUCGGAGAGCCAGGGAAGCUUCGAGCUCCUCGGCUGUCCCGAACCCGAGCCGAUGGAGGAGAACCAGAGCAGUCUGGCCUCCUUCAAACCUCACUUCUACAUCGCAGAUGAGGACAGCAGCCCGGUCAAGCAAGCUCGGGAGAAAAAGGAGUCCGUUGUGGUCAUAAUCCGCAUGCAGAAGGAGAUCCCUGUGGACCAAAGCAGCCUGGAAGCUCUGCAGAAACACGAGACGAUGGACGCUGAGGAGAUUCACAGAGAAACCGGCGACAGAUCGAAUGGCUCGUCUUCUCCAGAUCCUCCUGAGCCUCAAACCAUCGCGCCUCGUUCUUCCAAACCCCUCCAGCUGGACUCGAGGGACUCGGUUCGAGAAGUGGCUUCAGAGCCCAAGAAGGAGGUUCAGAAGAAGUUCGUAGCUCAGAGCAUCAGUAUGAAGGAGAAAGCCUUCUCUCCCAAACGCAGCCGACUGACCUUCUCCAAGUCGGAUAAAGACCUGGUUAAUCAGGAACGAUCACAGGCGAUCCAAAGAGAGGCAGGAUUCAGAUCGGUAAAAAACAGAGAGAAAGAGCAGAAGAGGAUCCAGAAGACCAUGUCGUCAGGGGACCUUGGGAAAAUGGAUUCGCUCAGGAAGUCGAUCUCGCAAACCGACGGCAGGGUCAGAGGCAAAAUGCGGUUCUGGAGUAAGAGCAAACAUGGAGAUAAAAAGAUGUCCACCAGGGAGCGCUCCGCAGAUUCAGAGCUCAACGACAGGAGGAACGGUAUCAGCGAUCUAGAAGCUGAAGACAGUCAGAAGGACACACCUGUGGAUGUGGUUUUCAAGAAGGCUCUGAAAGAGUUCCGCCUCAACAUCUUCAACUCGUACUCUACUGCUCUGGCCAUGGAUGAUGGCAGGAGCAUUCGUUAUAAAGAUCUCUACGCUCUGUUCGAACACAUCUUAGAGAAGAACAUGCGUCUGGAGCAGAGAGACUGGAGCGAGUCGCCGGUUAAAGUCUGGGUCAACACCUUCAAAGUCUUCCUCGAUGAGUUCAUGACGGAAUACAAGCCAAUGAAUGGAACCAUCACUAAGGCUCCUAAACCUGAGAGGAAGAAGAGGAGGAAAAAGGAAUCCGACACCGUGGAAGAGCACAUGGGUCACAUCUUUAAAUCCACUCAGUACAGCAUCCCGACCUACUGCGAGUUCUGUUCGUCUCUCAUCUGGAUAAUGGACAAAGCGUGUGUCUGCAAACUCUGUCGCUAUGCAUGUCACAGGAAGUGCUGUCUGAGGAUGACCACCACAUGCAGUAAGAAGAAUCUUUGUGCCUCAAACCUUCAUUACAAUCAAAAGGUUCGUCGAGACAAACUCUGA